CCACCUCGCCCCACUCCUCACUGCCCUCGCUUUCGCUCGCCAUCCGCACACCCGCCUUCGCGAUGCCUUCGCCCGCCACGGCCGCGGCCGUGGCCGCGUCGGCGCCUCUCCACCGCCGCGCAUGCGCGCGUCAGCACCUCCCUCCGGCCUCCCGGUGCUUCCUCCCCUCCCGCGCGCUCCUCAAUUCCGCGCGCCUCUUCACCGCCCCCGCCCCGCUGCCCGUCCACGCGCCGAGGCUGCCUCCCACGGCGGCGAGGGCGGCCAGCCCCGACGCCGCGGCCGCGAGAUCGCCCACAUCAGGCGGACAGAUGCUGGUGUUCGUCCCGCCGCACCCGCUGAUAAAGCAUUGGGUCUCCGUCCUGCGCAACGAGCAGACACCCUGCUCCAUAUUCAAGAGUGCUAUGGCAGAGCUUGGUCGUCUACUCAUAUAUGAAGCAUCCAGAGAUUGGUUGCCUACAAUCACUGGAGAGAUUGAAACACCUGUAGCUGUAGCUAGUGUUGAAUUUAUUGAUCCAAGAGAGCCUGUUCUGGUUAUUCCAAUACUGAGAGCUGGUCUUGCCCUAGCUGAACUUGCUUCAUCAGUUCUGCCAGCCACCAAGACCUAUCACCUUGGCCUUCGUAGGGAUGAAGAAACACUUCAACCUUCAAUAUAUCUGAACAACCUGCCAGACAAUAUUCCAGAGGGGUCUCGAGUGCUAGUUGUUGACCCAAUGCUGGCCACCGGUGGGACGAUUGUUGCUGCUAUUGACUUGUUAAUUGAACGUGGAGUUACCAGCAAGCAGAUUAAAGUAGUAUCUGCUGUUGCAGCACCUCCUGCGCUGCAAAAGCUCAAUAACAAGUUCCCCGGGCUCCAUGUGUACACAGGAAUAAUAGAUCCUGAAGUAAACGAGAAAGGUUUUAUAAUUCCAGGGUUGGGGGAUGCUGGUGACAGAAGCUUUGCCACAUAAUCUGACUGCACGAUUUAAUUCGGCCAGCUGUCUACCAUCGAGAAUCUUUGCAUCAGUUCCAUAAGAACGGAGCAACUGCGAGUAAAGAGGCGUUCAUUGCUGUAGAUGCCCUCAUUUGAGAUUUUGUUCAUUCUCUGUAAUACAAUUAGCUGCCCACCAUUUUGUAACUAACCAUUAUGUAUGAUUGCGUAGAAUAUAAGGCUAGUUCAGAUGUCUCCAGAUGGAAAAAUCUUUUUGAAAGGACAACGCUCCAUUCAAAAUGGCACAUGCUGGAUUAGUGAAUUGGUGCUUCCUAAUAUUUCUCCUGUCGAAGGAAUAAAACCGUCUCAUCAUGUUUCACUUUGUUAU